AUGCCGCGCCCUAAGAAGGACGGCGCGCCCGAGCCCAAGAGACGGAGCCGGAAUGGCUGCUGGCCCUGCAAAGCCCGCAAGGUUAAAUGCGGCGAGGAGAAGCCGCGCUGCCUGAACUGCGAGCGCCAGGGCGAGACGUGCGACUACUCGAUCCGCCUCAACUGGGGCGGCCGCUCCAAGCGCUCGCGCGACGACUUCGCCGCCUCCGUCCUUCCAUUCGACGCCCACCACUCGACCGCCUUGCCCGUGGACCCCCGCAUACAGCCCCGCGACUAUCCCUCUCCUCUGCCCGACUUCGCGUCUGGCUCUCCCAUGCUGCCCCCGCUCCGGAUGCACCCUCCAGCCAGUCCGCCCGCCACCACUUCCGCCGAGCACCGCACCAAGCGCGUGCGGCUGAGUCCGACUGACGCUUCGCCUGGGACGCAGAGUGCCGCCUCUGGACCACCGGAUGCCCCGUCGCCGUACUCGAUCGCCCCCGCCACGCCCUACGGCUCGUUUGUCGGCACUCCGCUGACUCCUGGCUCCUCCGUCGCGUCUGAGGAGAGCGCGCUGAAGCCUGGUUCGAGAGCCCUGGCCGCUCCAUAUCAGCCUUCGCCCGAUCCUCGUCGGCUGUCUGUGAACGACCUGCUCAUUGACGACGCCUCUUCGGCGCGGGAACAAACGCCCCAUUAUCCCGCUUCGGACGUCAAGUCCGGCACCACCACGUACGGAUACGACAUCGGCCAGCCAGAUCUUGACACACCGCGGAACGACGAUGGCGCGGCUAUCGCGCUGUUCAGCCCCCCGGUCUCCUACUGCGGGCCGAACUAUUUCUCGUCUGACGGUUCCGAUGAAUCGCAAGGGCGGCAGAAAAGCAUCGCGUUCGAAGCAAAUGGCUACUACGCCAAACCCGUGCCAAUCAAGAUCCCCAAGGCUUUCGAGCCGUUGCCUUCUUUGCUCUUGGAGAAUCCCAUGAACCUGCUGUAUUUUCACCAUUUCCUGAACCACACUGCUCGCAUCCUGGUCCCGCAUGACUGCGAACAGAACCCAUUCCGUAAUAUCCUCCCGCAGCUGGCUGUCACCGACGACGAUCUUCUGGGCCUUCUCCUGGCAUUCUCUGCGAGCCACAGGGCACGCUUGCUUUGCCACCCCGAACCCGCAAACCGGAUAGCGGUUUGGGUGCAAGAUGUGUUCCCCAGGCUUCGGCGCGCUCUGGACAGCGCCGAGCAGAUUUCUGAUUCUAACUUGUGUACCGCCAUCAUGCUUGCUUCGUUAGAGGUCAUAUCGCCCAAUGCGUUCGAGGUUCCGAUUUCCUGGCAGUCUCACCUCAAGCUGGCUCGCCAGAUGAUUAUCGCACGCGGCGGGCUCCGGUCUCUGAAUCGCAAAGACAAGGUCGCCUAUUUUUUGAGCCGGUGGUUUGCGUACCUCGACGUUGUCGGGAGCCUCAGUGGCAGCAAGAACGACACACCGCUCAACUCUGGCUACCUUGCCGUCGGCGAAGAAGAUGCCAUCCGUGAUGGCCAGAUAGACUGCCUCCUCGGCUUCACUAACCGCUUCGUCGGCUGUCUCGCGCGCAUCGCGGAGCUGGCAAAGCGCUGCGAACCGCUCCGCAUCGACGAAGCGAGCGGGUCCGUUCGCGAAGGCUGGCAGCCGCCUGAGGAUGUCGUUGCUGCAGCAGAGCAGCUGCGUAUUGACCUGCGGAAUGGAUGCGAGAAGGUCGUGUACAAGGGCUGUACGCACGGCGACCGCUCGGCCGCCGACUCGCCACCAGAAGAGGUCAAGGAGCUUCCCUGGGACGAGGCCGAAAUAUACGCGACUAACGAAGCAUUCCACUGGGCGGGGCUGCUCCAUCUGUUGCGCCGCGUUCUUGGACGGCCGCCGUCGGACCCUGAGGUUCGGAACGCGGUCCGCGAGAUUUUCAACGCGCUUGAGCGGGUACGGCCGGACGGCAGUGCCGGAGCAUGCUUGCUGUUCCCAAUGUUUUCUGCCGGCUGCGACGCGCAAGAGGAGGGCCAGCGCGAAAGGAUUCUAGAAAGGCUUAAUGCAGUGGAAGGGUUCGGGAUGAGCCAGGUGCAGAGGGCGAGAGAGCUUGUUGAGAGGGUCUGGAGUUCUGGAAGGCCGUGGGAGUGCGAGGUUAGAGGAGAGUUCUUUGGAUGA